AUGGAUCUUACAGCUAAACAUGGACUGGCGCUGCUCGACCAGCUGAGGAAGAUGAGGGAGAGCGAGCAUCUUACGGAUGUGGUGCUGGUUGCGGAAGGAAUCAGCUUUCCCUGCCACCGGGUCGUCCUAUCUGCCUUUAGCCCAUAUUUCCGGGUCAUGUUUACAUGCGGCCUGCGUGAGUGCAACAGCAGAGAAAUAUUCUUGCGUGACACCCCUGCAGACAGCCUGGCCCUCCUCUUGAACUACAUGUACUGCUCAGAUCUUCCUCUCACUAACGACAAUGUGCAAGGCAUUUCUAUCGCAGCUUUUCUCCUGCAGAUGGACGACGUCUUCUAUCGCUGUCAGGUGCACAUGACAGAGAAUAUGGAUGCCUCCAACUGCCUCGGUGUGUAUUACUUUGCGCGUGACCUCGGUGCAGAGGAACUGACUGACCAUGCUCAACGCUUCCUGAGGCAGCACUUUGUACAAGUCUGCCAAAAUGAGGAGGUGCUGGAACUGGAAGCCCAUCAGCUAGGGAAGCUCCUGAGUUCUGAUGACCUUAAUGUUUCACGAGAAGAAACCAUCCUGGACGUGGUCCUUCGCUGGGUCAAACACAGCCCUCUGGUGGAUGGAGAGGCCCGUUUUCUGCACCUUCCAGAGCUUCUGAGAAAGGUCCGUCUGCCACUGAUAAAUCCUGUCUACCUAAGAGAGGCGAUGAAGAGGAACACGGCCCUACUGUCUGAUGCUGAAUGUCUAGAGAUGCUCAAUCAAGCCUUGGAUGCCACAUCGAUGCAUCCCUCAGCUGCACCGCGCAAACUGAAGCUGCGGUUCGGCAUGGAGACCACAGAUCUGCUGCUCUGUGUUGGAAAUGACGGUUGUGGGAUUAGGUCAAGAUAUGGUAACUUUACUGAGCGCAGCUUUUGCUAUGCCCCGUCCACAGGCCGAACCUACUACAUCACUUCACCUCGCUAUGCAGAGGCUCUGGGCUACGUGUGUGCCGGGGUUGUAACUGAAAGAAAUGACAUUAUAGUGGCAGGAGAGGCAAGUGCUCGCAGGAUGGCCCGACAGAAGGAUGCAAAAGUUGAGAUUUACAGAUACAAAGUGGAGGCCCAAGGAAGCUGGGAGCCCCUGACGUCAGCAGAGUACCGUGACUCAUACGCUCUGGUGUCACUGGGUGACACUCUGUACCUGCUGGGUGGACAGAUGAGGCUGAAGAACCAGUUUCUCAUCACUAACUGUGUGGAGCGAUGGUCUCUUCAAGGAGGACCCUGGCGCAGUGCAGCACCCCUGCCUAUGCCUUUAGCCUAUCACAGCGGGGUCACAAUGAAAGACAGAUUUUAUGUGAUAGGUGGUCGAACACCACAGUCAUACCGGAUGGAUGAUGAGCCGGACCGUCUUAGUAACCGUCUCCUGGAGUAUGAUCCAAACACAAAUAAGUGGACAGAGUUAUGUCCCAUGAAGUAUUCAAAGUACCGCUGCAGUGCUGUUGUCCUCAAUGGUGAAAUCUAUGUGAUGGGAGGUAUCGGGUGUGAGGGUGUGGACCAUGGGCAAUCCCGGCGCUGCCUCGAUGCUGUAGAGAUCUACAACCCAGAUGCAGACGACUGGAGGGAUGGACCUCCUCUCCCAUCUGCACAACUUGCACUGCGCACCAACUCCUCCAACGCAGGAGUGGUGGGAGGCAAGAUCUAUGUGUGUGGAUACUACAAAGGAGCAGAUCGUCAUGAUGAUAUAACAAAGGACAUUUUGGAGCUGGACCCGUGGGAUAAACGCUGGACAGUGGUGGCUCGGCAGGUUCUGAUGCAUGACAACUACGACGUCUGCUUAGUGGCAAAUCUCAACCCAAGGGGACUCACAUCCCCACCUGCAGACCUAGUUAAACAGUGACACCCUUGUCAGAUCAGGUCAAAGUCUGUGAGGGUGAAUUAGAGAAAGGAAAUUAAUUAUUAAUUAUUAAUGCACUUACUGCUGGGCCAAAAGCAUUAAUUAUUUUCAAGCAGAAAAGGUUUUAGUGCCUUGCAUG